CAGAGAGGAAAAGUGUCUGCAGUUGAAGCAGAGAAUGGAGCAGCGUGGAGCGGCUGAGGUGUUCUGGGUGCUGCUGGUCUGCUGGCUGGUAGUCGGGCCGGUGCUGGCUCAGGUCCGCCACCCUCUGCCUGUGCUGUGGAUGAUGCCCAUCAGCUCUGGGUCGGGGAGGGAGAACCUGACCGCUGCUGUAGCCCCGGCUGUCCGACUGGCUCUGCAGGACCUGAAGAGACAACCACCUCCGCUGGGAAACUAUGAGGUCCAGCUCCAGCUGCUGGACUCACAGUGUGAUCCUGCUAAAUCACUCAAAGCUCUGUUUGACGCCAUGUGGGCGGGGCCUGAGUACCUGCUGGUGUUUGGAGGGGUGUGUCCACCUGUGACGGCGCUCGUCGCUCGCUCUCUGCCAGCCUUCAACCUGGUGCAGGUAUCUUUUGCGGCCUCGUCCCCCAGCCUGUCCAACAGGAAGUGGUACAGGAACCUGUUCAGCACGGUGCCAUCAGACCGAGCUCUGAACCAGGCCACAGUGAAGCUGCUGCAGCGCUACAAGUGGACCAGAGUCGGGGUCAUCACCGAGGAAGGAGCCAGACUCUCAGAGAUGAAGCAGGAUCUGAUCAGACAGCUGCUGAAGGCCGAUGUUCAGGUUGUUUCCACACAAAGUCUCUCUGAAGACGCCUGCAGCAGCUUGAGGAAGCUGAAGGAAAGCGAUGUUCGGAUCAUCAUCGGGCAGUUUGAAGACGAUUCUGCCUCUGAGGUUUUCUGCUGUGCCUACACACUGAACAUGUUCGGAGCUCGGUACCAGUGGGUGGUUGCUGGUGGAGGAACAGCCGGAUGGAGGCCGGGCUCGCAGGUCUCUGGCUGCGCCGCCAACAGCGUGCUGACGGCUGCAGACGGAUCCAUCAGGAUUCAGAUCAGACAGCUCAGCCACACAAACACACCAGGAGUCUCUGGACGGACUCCUCAGGACUACCAGGACGCCUACCUCAGACAAGUGAUACAGGAGGGGUCAAAGGUCAGCCAGCUCCACACCUUCGCCUACGACGCCGUCUGGGUCGCCGCCAGAGCUCUCGGUCAGGUGAUGGAGGCUGUGAAACACAAGGAGAAAUACAGCAGCCAGAGAAACGUGAGCGUCAGCGAGGACGACGUUCAGAAGAGGCUGCUGGAGGCCGUGAAACAGACGCAGUUUGAAGGAGUCACAGGUCCAGUUUCAUUUCGGAACGGGGAGAGAAUGGCUUCUAUAGAACUGAUCCAGUUUCAAGGCAGCAGUGGCGUGUUGGUGGGAGAGUUCAGUACCGCCACCCAACAGCUGCGGCUGAUGAAUCACCUGAUGCAGUUUAAAGGUCCAAGACCAGCCAGAGACCAGACUGUGGUCGUCCUGCAGCGGCAGCAUGUCAGCCUCCUUCUGUACGGCAUCGUCUCAUCAGCUGCAGCUGUGACCAUCCUCAUCACUCUGACUGUCCUCUGCUUCAGGAUCAUCUGUCGUAAACACUGGCUGCAGAGAUGGAGCGGUGGAUCCCAGGACGAGCUGCUGCUGCUGGGCGUCCUGCUCUCCUCCUCUUCAGUCCUGAUCUCCGGUCUGGACGGAGCUCCGCUGUCCAACCGCAUAUCUGAGCUCCUCUGCUCUGUUCGUCUGUGGACUCUCUCUGUGGGACACACUGUGGGCUUCGCUGCGCUCUUCACCAAAACAUGGAGGAUUUAUUCACUCUGCAGCAUCAAACUGACGACUCGUCUACAGCAAACAGGCUAUGUGGUGCUCUGGAUGUUACUGCUGGAUGUGUUUGUUUUAACCUCCUGGCAAAUCCUGGACCCCCUCAGACGGGUGGUGCUGCAGCAUGACUUACAGAGUGACCCUGCAGAUCAGGACGUUAUUGUCCGGCCGUACUCUGAACACUGCAGCAGCAUCAACACGGAGCUGUGGCUCACUGCUGUCUACGGAUACAAAGGGCCUCUACUGGGUCUUGGGUGUUUCGUGGCCUGGAACAUCAGGACUGUGCAGGUAGAUCUUCCUGCUGACAGCGGUAAACACCUGACACUGAGUAUGUUUGCUGUGACGGUGUUCAGUGUGUCAGGAGUGUCAGGAUCACUUCUGAUAUCCCAUAAUCCUCCUGUUCAGUUCUUUCUGACCAGCGUCCUCAUCCUCUGCUGUAACAUCUUCAUCCUGAGCUGGCUGUUUGGACCAAAGUUUUUGUAUAUGUGGCUGAACGGCAGCGAGCUGCAGGAUGAAGCUGCUGAGGGAGAAGCUGAAGAGCAGCUGAGGAGGUUAAACCAGCAGCUGAAGAGUCAGACUGCACAGCUCGAUGUACAAAUAGAAACCAUCACCAUGCAACUCUCUGAAACGCCGGGGUCACCUGAACCUGACCAGAAGCUGAGAGCCGACGCCAUCAACUCUCCUGAACAUGUGCGGCGGCGUCUGUCCGUGCAGCUGCCGAUCCUCCAUCACUCCUACCUGCCCGCCAUCGGUGGCGUCAGCGCCAGCAGCUCCAGUCUGUUCGGUAGCGAGGGGGCCUUCGUUUCACCGCCACCUGCUGCUGAACACGGCGACAGCUUCCUGUACGCCACGCAACUGGAGCCACAGUACUGCUGAACCAAUCAGGCGGCCACUGAGACUUUCACUUGUGAACGUCUGUUCUGAGGAUUUGGGUCCUGUAUUCAUUUUUAUAUAUAUACAUUUAAUAUGACUUGAUUUGUAAGAAAGAUAUGAAGACAGACAUUACAUUAAAAUGUUUUUAAUGUACUAAAUGUCCUUGAAUGAUUCCUGUUUAAUCAUGUGACCAAUGAUCCCUGGAAUAUUGUGCACGCCAUGUGAGGAGAAGCUGCUCUGUGAUGUCUGUUUGCUCUUGAAGCAAAUCAAAACAGGGAAUUUCUAGAAUUACAAAGUCCAGACAAACACGAGCUUCGACCGUCUUCAGGCUGCAGUUUAACCCUGUAAACUGGUCAGACAGAGUUUGGACUGAUGAUAGA